CCCUUGUCUUUUUCUUUCCAACUGUCAUGUUCGUCGUUCAGCGGUCGCUGCUGAGGACCGUCCGCCCCUUUGCAUUUCGAAGCAAUGCGACGCUGAGCACCGGUUCCGAGCUCAAGUCUGCCGCUACUCAUCCGCCUCAUCCGACCUCGACCGCUGCCGCCGGGAGUGCAACGACGCAAGAUGGCGCGACUGGUAUGGGAGGCGGGAGGAUAAAUGUCAAGUCGGCCCCUCGACGGAGAACGAUUUCGAACCAGAAUCCUCGCCCAUGGAACCCUCCGCUCGCGUCCGGUGUAAUCCCCGCCUAUGACUUGGCACUCGAAGUCCUGAGGAAGGACAGUCUUGCGCUCAAGGAGGAGAUUGCAGAGUUAAAGAAGGCGAUUGAGAGUGAGGAGAAGAGGUACCAGGAGCUGGUCAAGGUGGAGGGCAAGAACGAGCAUGGAGAGGCCUAUGCACUUGAUUUGGAGUUGGAGAAGAAGAGGCAGAAGUUGCAUAUUCUUCAAGUGCAGAGUGAAGUUAAUCUGCCGGAUGUGAGGUGGAAGGUUGCGAAUGCCAUGGUGGACAUGAAUAUCCCUUCGCAUAGACAUCUUGUUGAGCAAAAGUGGAGGAAGGAUGGUGACCUUGACUUGUUGAUGGAACGUAUCUACCAAAUGAAAGUCGUUCCAGACGUCCUUCCCGUUAUUCGACCAUCACUUGACCUACACCUCGCCACCCAAGCCCCGUCCAGACUUACGCCGACUUUCAAGACGGUCAAGUUGGUAGAGCCUGGAGUGUUCUUGGCCCCCCGACUGACCGUUGAGCCUCCCCGGUUAUACGCCAAUGUUUUCCAUACGGAUACCAGGCUCUAUACCCUUAUGCUCGUCGAUCCCGAUGUCCCCGACGAGUCCACCGCUUCUUACACCACCUAUCUUCAUUGGCUACAGCCUAACGUUCCACUCACUGCCACCCAUACCUCCCAAAUCCUCGAUUUGAACAACCACACAAAGUACAUCCCGCCCCACCCCCAACGUGGAACACCGUAUCAUAGGUACACGGUGCUCCUUCUACCCCAACCUCCUUUGGAAGGAGGGGAAUAUACCAAGAAUGUGGAGGCAAGGGCUAACCCUGGUGUCCCCACCUCCAAGAAGUUGGACAUUCCUGUUGUUAGCGAUGCGGAGAGGCUUGGGUUCAACGUUAGACAAUUCUGUCAGACGUGGGGGUUGGACGCGUCCACGGGAGGUGGAUUGCACAUGUUCAGAGAGGUGUGGGAUGAAGAGGUUUCGAAGAUUUACAAGGAUGUGCUUGGUCAGGAAGAACCGAGAUAUGGACGUAUUCCCAAACCGGACCCAUAUGCGGAGCUCAAGCACAGGAAAAAGUAUGUCUCUUAG